UUUUUCUUUAAAUGUAAAACUUUCUUGUUUGAAAUGGGACAGUGGUCCGUAUGUCACAUAUCGUUAUGAUGCAUGGAGAGCACUUUAUUUAAUAACUAAAAUACUUAGUUAUUAAACAAAGUUCAAUCGCUGAAGCCAAAGAGAGUCAGCCGCGGCUGACAGACAGCUGGUGGCCUCUUGUCAGUUGAGAAAAGUUUGUUUCUGAGCGCUUCUGAUAUGUUAAUUAGCUCUGCGAGUGUGCGACCCUAUUGGCUCUUCGUCCGAGUCAAUUUCCCGUUUCCAGCCUUACGUCAGGGCGGCUACAAUGCUCUUAAACUCAUCUGCUGUGUGAUCCCAGUAAAAAAUCGUCCCACUAGGUACUCAGCGGCAUCAAACGUGCGAGACCGACUCUCGGCUUGUUCCCCCCCUUACACCGCUUCCUCGCUCGCGUAAUGUGUUCCUGAAGAAGGCGUAAAGUGUUAAAUGUUUGAAACACAAAACCACCGUGUUUCACAUGCUGAAAGAGGACUCCGCUACUCGUGCGCGCGGCACUGCUGCGUCUGUGCAAUAGACUCUGCAAAGAAAAACUCCUCUCGCACGCCUGCAACUCCGUGGCUGCGCAGAAAGGACGCUGCAAAACCUCGUUUUUUUCUAGUUUCAAGACAAACGCUUAAAAAAUCAAACUGGCUCACGUCUUUCCCAACCAGCCCAGUUUGACAGCUGCUCUUCACCCCGCUUGGAGGACUGUCAGCAGCAGCAAGAGGAUGGCAUCAGAGCUGGCAAUGAGCAACUCCGACCUGCCCACCAGUCCCUUGGCCAUGGAAUAUGUUAAUGACUUCGAUCUGAUGAAGUUUGAAGUGAAAAAGGAGCCGGUGGAGCCCGAUCGCAACAUCAGCCAGUGCAGUCGCCUUAUCGCCGGGGGAUCCUUGUCUUCCACCCCGAUGAGCACGCCUUGCAGCUCGGUGCCCCCUUCCCCAAGCUUCUCGGCGCCCAGUCCGGGCUCGGGGAGCGAGCAGAAGACACACAUAGAGGAUUUCUACUGGAUGUCUGGUUAUCAACAGCAGUUGAAUCCAGAGGCGCUGGGCUUCAGCCCCGAAGACGCAGUCGAGGCGCUCAUCAACAGCAGUCACCAGCUCCAGUCCUUCGAUGGCUACGCCAGGGGCCAGCAGUUUACUGGCGCGGCCGGGACAGGAGGUUCCAUGGCCGGGGAAGAGAUGGGCUCCGCCGCAGCCGUGGUGUCAGCUGUGAUCGCUGCGGCAGCUGCCCAGAACGGGGCCCAACACCACCACCACCAUCAUCACCACCACAACGGCAGUCACCACCAGGCACCCGGCGUUCAGUCCAACGGCACUUCUGGGACGAAUCACCCUCACAUGCGCCUGGAGGAUCGGUUCUCAGACGAGCAGCUGGUGACCAUGUCGGUGCGGGAGCUCAACCGGCAGCUGCGGGGGGUCAGCAAGGAAGAGGUGAUCCGAUUGAAGCAGAAGAGGAGGACCCUAAAGAACAGAGGCUACGCUCAGUCAUGCCGGUUCAAGCGGGUUCAGCAGCGGCACGUCCUGGAGGGGGAGAAAACGCAACUCAUGCAGCAGGUCGAGCACCUAAAGCAAGAAAUCUCCAGGCUGGUCCGGGAGAGGGACGCGUACAAGGAAAAGUAUGAGAAGCUCAUCAGCAACGGCUUCAGAGAAAAUGGAUCCAGCAGUGACAACAACCCUUCAUCCCCAGAGUUUUUCAUGUCGUCAAGAAAAUUCCUCCAUCUGUGAUUUCACGCCCCUUCUUCUUUGCUCUGGGUUCUUUGAGGUAAAUCGCCCCCCUGUACAUUCUUUUAUUUUCCUUUUUAAUCCCAUUUUAGCACAAUAUGUUUAAAAACACUUUAAGAAAUGUCAUAAAUCUAAAAACUACUUUUAAAACAUUUAGAUAUUUUUCAUGUAUUACUUUACAGGUAAAUUGUCUAUGCUUUUUUAUUUCACUCAAUAAAACAAGCAAAUGUCUUUUAAAGUGUAACGGUGCUGUAAAGUAAAUCCUCAAUGGAAAACCUUUUGGAUUUUGGCAAAAUCCUUCUCAGACGUGCUUCAAGGUUCAGAAAAUAAAACUGUACAAUCAUGUAUCCAGUCCUCCUUUUGAGUUCACAAAAAAAGAAGUCCAACGCAUUCACAGACAACACAGUUGUAAAAUUUCCGCCAUGCUUGAUGAAGAGUGUAGCCAGCAGAUUAUAGCCACUAUUCAAAUGUAAAUUAAAUAUUAAGAUUUUUCCUCUUUUGUCUCGGACAACAAGAGAGGGGAAGAGUGAAGAAUGGGCUGCUGGGGCUGAAAUCAAUGCUGUGAGAAAGAGACUGUGUGUAGCUAACCCGAUUGUUCCUCUAAUGAUUUCACUUAGCCAUGAGACACAAGCAUGACAGGAUGUUAGCUUAGGCAUGACUUUUCACUGAAAGUGCAGUGAUCUUCUGAAUUCAAGGUUUGUGUCUGUUCUCAGUUUGCGAGCUACAGUUUGGUGAAGAACACAAUUUGUGUGUUGGUUCUGGUCUGUUUUGAAUAACUUUGCAAACAACUAUCAUUCCUUCCACGCUUUCCACCAGAUCUUAUUUCAGACAUAUCAAAAUUUAUACAGCUACAUUUAGACUGUUGAUGAAUUAUGAAUGUUAUAAUUUAUUACUUCAGUUAUGUCAAUUAUAAAUAAAUAUUAACAUUUAAACAAAGAAAAAAAAGACCUUGAUGCAUUGCAUUUAAGUGGAAAUUAAGAUAUAAUUUUGUUUCAGUUACCAGUGAGAAAACGAGUAGGAAGAGUGGUACUCAAUGACUUGAUUUGCUAUAAUUAGCGAUGCAAGUCAGUAAUUAUUCAUUUAUCAUAUUUUUAAUUUUUUUUGCAUAAUGUGGGAACACAUCAACAAAGUAGGUGGUUAAACAACAUUAUGUGUGCGACUAAUUUAAUCUCUGAAGCUAUCACAUCCAUUUAUACACGUGUCUGCCAUGUUCCAGUUCAGAAAUCUCACCUUUCUUGUUUGAAUCUUGACCAUAUCAAGUGUAACACUUGAUUUCACGACAACUUUCAACAUGAAUGAACAGUGUCUUCAUUGAUGUUAUACUUUGUUUCAAAUCAAACGGCAGUACAAGCAUUUUUUUGUGUUUGUACUAAUUUCUUCAGAGACUAAAGGCAUGAAGUGAUCAUCCACAAACAUAUCACAGCCCGUUUUACACACUCACUGAUAGCUAUAAAGACUGAUGCUAACUGAUAUUUAUAAAGAAAACAGAACAAUAAAUUGCAUCUGUGUUCAGAUUGAUUGAAUAUAAAUUCUUAACGUAAUUUAGGUGGAGUACAGCUAAGAAAAGUGGUGAACAGGCCAGAGGGAACAGAACUCCAUACUAAAGCUUUUGACAGCGCUUGCUUUUCUUCUCAUUGUUACCUGAAAUAAAGGCCACUGGGUAUAAGAUUUUUUAUUUAUUUUUUUUUCCCCCACUGUUGAAGGAAAGUUAGAAUCUGUGUUGACACAAGAGGAGUUCUAGCUGAGACGUUGCUUUAGAGUUGCUGCAACUAUUUUUGUAUUGCGCUUUGGACCUGGUCCACCAGCUGAUCUCGGAGCUAAAAGCUUAAACUGGCACAUCACCUCGAAUCCUUUAGUGCAUGAACAGAAAUAAAAAUCUAGACUGAUGGAGCGUAGCUAAUAGACAGACAUGAGAGAUUAUUCUCCAUUUUGAGCAUUUUCUUUAGCCUUUCUACUUCCCUUUCUGCUAAUUAUUGGUCACUACAAUCUCCCCCACAAAUGGUUUGAUUUGGAGUUAAAAUAACACUUUUCUAAUCAGUAAUAAUAAUUUACUCAUAACUUCGACAUGAUUGAUUUUCUCUUACCUUUGUCCCAUUUGUUUUCAGAAUUCAAACUUCAAAAAUGAAUGUAAUUUUUCCUCUUUCAACAGGAAUUUAAAAAUUACAUUCUGCAAGAUUGUUUCUUCUUCUCAAGUCAUUCUCACUGUUAUGCAUACUUUUUUAGUAACGUUAUAAAUUCAUUGUAUUAUUAUUCUUUAAUUGCUAAAUAUGGGAGCACAAAUUAGGCUUUUGUGAAUAAACAAAUUUUCACAAAAAAUGUUAAUUUUAUGCAGGGGUGGGACUUGGUGUAUGAGGUCAUCGGUUUGAGUUUCAUUCUAUCUACAUGUUGGAAAGUUCUUUAGAAAGGGAUUGACCGAAACGCAAGAAUGACUAAUAUUUUUGUGAUGUCACUUAGUGUAUUUGUGAAGAAUUUUGGUCACUUGUAUGAAAAAAGGGCAAUCUAUGUGUCUAUGAAACACAAUUUCAAGGUUUGCAAAGAACAGAAAAAGGUUAAAUGAUGUUGUAUUUCAUAGAAUCUGCCAUUAAGUACAACUCCAUACACAGAUGUUUGUAAUAAAAAUAACUGCACAUGCAAAAUAAUACCCUCACAACAAAAACACACUUCUAAACCUUAAUUGUCAUCAUGUAGGCUUAAAUG